GCGACGUAGAGAGUGUUGCGCGUGUUGCACCGCUCCUCCACUCGUCCGCCUCUGUCCACUGUAGACACACGGAGUCGCUGAUAGUUAAACAAGUCCGUGUAAGAGAGGAGGGCCAACUUUUAUCGGUGUGUUAUCAAGGCGCGCUGGUCGAUACACUGGACAACUGCUACAUUUGCUGUCUGUUGCGGCAGCAGGGAGAUCUCCAUAUGGAUUACCAUGCCGCCCAGAUUAAAAACGGAGAAUGUCAAAUAUUUAAUUUCCUCCUGGAAGUGAUUCGUGAUUGCAUUACAACAUAACGCGUGUGACGUUACGCCAGGACAACACGUUCCCAUCUGAAGCACUGCAUCAGGCUUGAGGUCGUGUUCCGGCUGACAACUACAAACAUGAAACAAUGAAUAACAUAUGGAAAAGUGGCCCAAAUCUACAUUCAAACGCACCCUUUACAAAAUGACAACACUUUCGUUCAUGACCUUUUACAACUCAACAACGUCGCAAAACGUCGUUACUGAAGACGUGGAAAACGCCACCGAUGAGUACUACUACAACUACGAAGAUGCUGUGAACAAUGUCCCCCUAGACGAGUUGGUGCCUAACGCCCUGGGGUACGGGCUGACCCUGCUGUUAGGCCUUGUGGGUAACACGCUGGUCAUCGUGUCCGUGGCCAGGUACAGGCGGAUGCAGAACGUCACCAACAUAUUCCUGCUGAGUCUGGCAACGGCGGACCUUCUCCUGGUGCUCAUCUGUGUCCCUGUUAAGAUUGCCAAGUUUUUCACAUUCACGUGGACAUUUGGCGAGUUCCUUUGUAAAGGUGUCCACUAUCUCCAGAAUGUCGUCAUCAUUUGCUCAGUGGCCAACUUGACCGGACUAAGUCUCGAGAGGUACUACGCCAUCCUACACCCUAUGAGAGCCAAGUACACCUGCACCGUGGCUUUGGCACGAAGAACCGUUCUGAUACUUUGGGUUCUCAGUAUCAUAAUGGGCGUACCAAUACUCAUUGGGCAGCAACACAUCCUGGUGGGGUCCAGGCGGAAAGGUUACUGGUGCAUGGAGCAGUGGGAUCUCCCUAUCUACCACCAGCUCUACCAGAUAUACAUGUUCUUCCUCAUCUUCCUCCUGCCCUUGACCUUGAUGACGUUCGCCUAUGCCAGUAUCUGCAGAAAGCUUUGGCUUGUUCGCUAUCACAGAGCGUCUAUCAGGGCAAACAACUUACGGUACUCAUGCCAGGAGACAAUCCUGCUCAAUGGGGACACUACACCCGGAGCCUUGCGAAGAGACAAAAUAGUCCCGAGUGCUUUUACUGUUCGGCGGAAGAAGUUAUUUGCUGCGGAUGAAGACUCCACUAGGAAACAGUUCACGUUUCAGGUGAUAAAGAUGCUGGUGGCUGUCAUCGUGUUGUUUGCUGCAUGCUGGGGCCCAAUAAUGGUCAACAACCUUCUGGUCUCCUUCGGCGUGCUGGAACAACUAAGCCUUGGCUACCUGAAGCCAAUGAGGCAGGCUUUCUGGCUCAUGUCGUAUUUCAACAGUUGUGUAAAUCCAAUCGUCUAUGGCUUUAUGUCCAAAAAUUUCCGUGAUACAUUCCGUUAUACCAUCGGCCUUUGUUGCUUGAGGAGGACACCCAAUAGGAUGAUGGUAUUGCAAGGCCGCUGCUCCCUGCCGUCGGGGCAGUCCACUAGCAUGCGGGCAGCUUCCAUGUAUGAAGCAGACAGAUGGAACAUCUAUCGUUGCUCUAGAAUGAAUAUAUCACAUGGUUCCCAAACCACUGAAAUGACAGACUUACGAAAGUGCACCGAACUAAAGACUCCUGUUAAUCUGACCUUGAAUGGUCACAUCUGUACCAAGCCUUCUCAUGAUGUAUGUCAGGUGCCGUGAAGUGUCAUAAAAUGUCCGGAAAGCUACGUUCCCUUCAAGUGUCAACUUCUUGUGUGUAAUGUGGUAUCACCCUGGACCGUCUUGCCGGGUUAUCUGGACGUUGGCGUGUACACAUUAAUUUUGUUUAAUUCCAGUUUGUGUAAGUACAACGCUCCACGAUAUCAUCAUGAGGAAGUCAACUUUUGUGUUCCGUGAUCAGCCCCAGAUUGGGGGUUCUACCUCAUCUAGUGCCAUAAAGUACUGGCUGUAGAUGGCGCUAUGAGCACCAUCCUUUGUGUUUGUUUACUGUGUUAAUUCCCUCUUCCGCUGUUGUCCAGUGCUGUUGCGAUCGAUGUUGUUCAUCGUUAUUAAAUGAGAAACAAUGCGACGACUUAGUGUUACCGACUGAAAGUGAUUG